AUGUCAUUACCAAUCGAACCGUGUACAUUGGAGGGUGAGAGCAUAGGAACCCAGUUGAAUCAUCAUCAGCAAGCUCGAGCGAACGGAAUAACAACGAGGGAUGGAAAAGUUUCAAAUUCUGAAACCACACUUCCGAACAUGGUGCUACUGUCAGGUUGUCAUCAUCAUGAAAAUUAUGGACCUGUGAUGGGUAUUGCUAUCAACAAUCAUCGGGAUUCUACAACAACUCAUCUCGCACCCUUGCCAUCAUCUUCGACGAAUAUAACUUCUCUUCCAGACUCCGUAUGGAAUAUCAUUCUUUCUUUUCUGUUGAAUGUAUUUAAACAUUCUACAAAACGAGCGAAUUCAUUAGGCAGUGAUUUACAAAGUGUCACGUCCUCCUCGUCAGAAGAGCAUCAUUACAAAUCUCCUGAAGAGUGUUAUCAUAGGUCGAUAUUUGACAUUGAGGUUGUACCGUUGGUGUCACAAUCACCUCUCGCCAAGUUUUAUGAAACACGUUCGGACAGUGUCAAUGAAGCAGAACAAGAGUCCAUCAAAUUUUACUGCGAAUUUUUUACUACAUGGAUUAGAAUUUCCCAUGUCAACAAAAGACUGAGAGAAUUAAUGCGAAAAAGUCUCGUGACAGAAUUCAUAGAAUUUGAUUUCAUUAAUUUCAUGUACUUUUACAUGAUUAACGAGGAAUCUCUUGUUCUUGAUCAUCAACCAUCAGGUAUUGAGCUUGAAAAUUGUGACAAUGAGACUCUAGUGUUCCAAAAGGAACAAUACAAACAUUCAGUUCAUGAGCUGUUCAUUGAAUUUAUGCAAUCCAUGAUGAACUCUGAGUGUGCAAAAAGAAUUUCUCUCGAUAUUAAUUUUGUAUGUGAUUGGGUGACCGUUACUGAGAAUGUAAUUGAAUUACCAAGUGUUCCGUCGACACCAACAAAAAAAGAAAACAUAUUACAUUAUUACAAUACUUCAUUUCCCAAUGUCGAAGUGCUCACCUUAAACUUUACAUACAGGGGAAGAGAAGGAGGAUAUGGAGAGGAAGAACAAUCGAACACCCGUUUAAAGUCUAUUGACACAAGUAUUAUUCAAAAUUUGACCGAAUGGAAGAGCUUGAAAGAACUUCGAUUAUGUUGGCAUGUCGAAGUGAACGAAGACACGAAGAAGAUUGAUCUUGAGUGUGGAUCUCAUCUUGUACAAGAAUUCCUCAAAAUUAUCAAUGAGGCAAAAAACAAUCCCAACAUUGAAUACGUAUCCGUUUAUAUUAAUGGAUCUGCAUUCCAUGUGACAAAAACAGAAGAGGGUGCUAUUGUUUGUAACCAUUCAUUUCCUUCCGCAGUUUUUGAACAAUUAGGCGAUGUUGUUGAUGACAAUAGUCACCUAAAGUUAUUAUAUCUCUGUAUCGACCAUUUUGGAUAUGCAAACUACAACAAGCAACUCUCACACAUGUCGUUUUUACAAAAUAUUCUCCAUAUUGAGCUUGAAGAAAUUAAUAUUGUUAACAUUAAUCAAUUAUUCAAUCUUCACUAUCCAAAAUUAGUUACACUGAUAUUGACAAACAUUAUUACUUCAGGAAUUACAGGAUAUGAUGUGGCAAUUUCCUCUCAAUUUCCAAAAUUGGAGGAGCUGGUUCUCAAGUCAAACACAGAUUCUUCGAAUAUUUUUAACGUGGUCAACGUUGAUGCUGUGUAUAUGAAAGCUCCUGUGAUUAAGAAAUUAUCGCUCAUUGGAAUUCACAAUUUUUCCGUUUCAAAGAGUUCAUUUGGCUCACAUCUCGAAAUGCUUGAAAUUUUGACCACAUGCACAGACAUGAUUCAUAAUUAUUCAAGAUGGAUUACCACCUUGAAAGGGUUAAAGAAUCUAAUUUUUAAAAUUGAGCCAGAAAGAGGUAAAACCUACCAAGAAUAUCAAUCGAAUGAAAGUCUAGAACAAUCAAUAUCAACAAUUAUUAAUCAUGAUGGAAUUGUUGAUAUCUUGUUAAAGGAUACCAGAUUUGCAGGCAUUACUUUAAAAUGCCCUCAAGCGAAAAAAGUAGUCAUCCGGAUGCCACAUUUGCAAGACUGUUUUAUUGAAUGCGCCCAAUUGAAGACGAUUGAUUUGAAUGGACUAAUCAUUGGAUGCAGCUCUCGAGGAAAUAAGAAAUUAUUCUACUAUUCACAUCAAUGGAGAUGGGAGACCCCUUUAGUGACCUCAUUGAAUUUUUCUAAUCCUCAAACUUCUAGCGGAAUUAUUCUUCCCAAUGCAUUAAUCUCUCACAUUGAGGAGUUGGUAAUACGUCUUGUCAUUACCGCAUACGAAAAAGAAAAGGAGCUUUUGCCAGCAUUAUUUAUGAGAAUUGACGAAUUGUGUGGCAAAAAAAGCACAAACAAAACUUUGAAAAAUGUCAAAAUUCAAUUAGAUAUUAGCACGUUUUAUUUGACAAAUCCUUUGAUCAAGAGCAUGAGUGCAUGUUUGGAGUGGAAUGAGAAAAUUCCUUAUGAAAGCGAGCAAAUGAAAGCAACCAUUCAACAUUUGUUGAAAACAGCCAAGACAACAGAAAGGCUCAAAGACGAUACUCUCUCCAUUGAGUCCCCAAAUUUAAUCUCUUUAGAAAUGAAUAUUCAUGAAUCAGUGCAAAAAACCAAACUGAAGUGUCCAAACUUGAAGAGUGUGGAUCUUAUUCAAACUUCCUAUCCUGGCCGUCUUAAAUUUUGUGACAACGAAGAUAAUCCAUUGGAAUCUUUCACAUCCAUGGGUCUAUGCUCACCGUUCAAUCAUUUGCAUACGCAUCGCUUUGCAAAUUUGAAAAUUAUUGAAAUUAUGGAUCCACAACAACGAUUUUCAUUUGCAUUGAGCCAACUUCCAUCCUUGGAAGUGUUAGAUGUCAGAAUGGAAUAUGGUUUUUGCUACAAUGGAGAAGAGAGAUCCUACGUCACACUUAAAGAUUAUGUGCAUUCCAAUCUUAAAAUGUUACGAUUAUUUGGAGUUAGAAAUGUUACAAUUGAGCUUGACUUGCAAACACCCAAACUUCGAAUUUUAGACAUUCAGGAUACUGAUGGACGAAAAUGUGAAAUUACUUUUAGCAAUUGUCCCAAAUUAAUGAAGAAAAUGUUGAGAUAUUCCUUAACUAAAGAACACAAAGAAAGGUAA